AUGGCAUCAGAGGUGCUCUGUAAAGUGGGAGAUGGGGAGGAGACCAUGCUGAAAAAGGAAACCCUCAAUGUUUCGAGUGUGCUUGAUCAAAAGUCGAAGCCCUUUCCAAACCCCAAGUCUAUGAACAGGACGGUUGCUACCAAAGGACUCCCACUUUCCUCAAGAGGCAGUUUGGUUAACUUCUUGGAGGAAGAUACCAUCAAUCUACCGAAGCCGAUGCCAGGGGAGGAUUCUGAAUGUAGCUCCGACGAUACCAGCAUCUCCCCCAUCUCAUCCACCUUGUUGAAUCCCAUCAAAUUGGCAGUGACCCAGCCCAACAGCAGCUUCUUUGCAGGGAUGCUGGAAAGCGAGCUGAACAAACUCAGCCUCUCCUCCAUGGCCAAGAAUACAGAAAAGGGAGCGCUGGCCCUCAGCCCCCACCGAUAUAAGUCCCAAGUGGCCACUGGGGGCCUGCUGGACCUUGACAACCCUGAGCUGGAUAAGGACACGUCCUCCACACCCUCGGAGUCCUCUGUGGUCAUGGACAUACCAGAGGCACCUUUCAUCUGUGAACACACAGUCAGCGAUUCCACGGCCGUGAUUUCCUGGACCUAUGCCUUGGGCAAGCAACAGGUCAGUUUUUACCAGGUCCUGUUGCAGGAGGUAACCCAGAAAAAUGUCAAGAAACAGAAUCGCCCAUGGAUCUUCAAUAAGAUCUUGGGCACCACCGUCAAGCUGAUGGAGCUGAAGCCUAACAGGAGUUACUGCCUCACCGUCCGUGCCGCCAACACAGCUGGGGCGGGGAAGUGGUCCAAGCCCUACAAAUUUGCAACUGUGGCCACUGACCUGAACAGCUUCCCUGAGAACAAUCCCAUCCAGAUCACCGUGCAGCGCAAGGAAGCCCAGCGGAGAACAGUGACCAUCGGGCUGGAGGACAUGCGGAGGGUGGAAGAUCUAGAAAACCUAUUUCCCUACUAA